GCCAUUUUGAGUGUACGAACACCAUUUAAGUGUGGUUAGCCUCCAAGAGUUAUUAUAAGCUGUACAAGACCAGCACAAGAACUAAAACCUUGUGGCACAUUGCAUUGAACUUGGUACCUCUUCACACAAUCAGUGAAUUCAAUGAAAAUUUCAUCCUGCAAAUAAGUUUUACAGAAGACACACAUUCAACUGAUUUAAGGUCAAAAGGUACACCUUCAUUUCUACCAGUCAAGAGUCAAUCAAGAUGUCUGUAUCCAAAGCAUUGCAAUUUAUGGAUAAAAAAGAUCUUGAGUGUGCCAUCUGCCUCAACAGGUUUCACCAACCAAAAACACUGAAAUGCAUGCACACCUACUGUCUACAGUGUAUCCAGAAGUGGGUGGAAACUCAUGGGAAGAUGAAAUGCCCAACAUGCGGACAAGAGCAUGAUUUAACAAAAGAAGAUUUACAACAGCUCACUUCAACCACAAUGAUAACUCAGCUGCUAGAGUAUGUCAUAAAAACAGAGGAUCAGAAACCAUCUAAAUGCUCUGUUUGUGACAAUCAACCAGCAUACCACUGCUCAACAUGCCAACUGUAUCUAUGUGAUGGUAAUUGUUUUAAACAACACAAGAUACUACCUUCCACAAAGGAUCAUCCACUUUACAAACUGAACAUGAAGGAACAAGAUGGCAAACCAACCAAUUGCCAAGUUCACUGCAAUGCACCACUUGAAUUUUACUGCACCACUUGCAACAAAUCAGCAUGUAAGCAAUGUGAUCACAUUUUUAACUGUCUUCAAAAACAUAAAGUGAUUCCAAUGUCAACUGCUGUAGACAAUUUUAACAAAGAAGCAAAUGAAGUUGUCAAGUUAGCUCAUGAAUUUGAAGACAGAUUAACAAAAAAAUUGGAAACCAUAACUAAAAAUGUAUCAGAAUUCGAAUCGCAACUAAAGUUAUGUAGAUCAGCCAUCGAAAUUCAGGAAAAGAAUCUUAUCAUGAAAGUUCGAGAUAAAAGCAAACAAUUAAUGUCAGAACUUGAAAGUAUGUACAAAGAAGAGAAAGAAAAUAUUGAUAGUGAAUUUAACGAUAUCGAUUCAAAGAUGAUGCAAUUAAAAAAUCUGAUAGUCUUAACCAAUACAAUUAUGAACAAACCUGAAGAAAUAGAAAAUCUUAGAUCACAUAAUACAACUAUCAAUGUUCUAGGAACAGAUUUUGAUAAAUCAUUCCAUAAAACAAUUAGUACACCAAAUUUUAUUCCAUAUACAAACUUGGAUGAGUUGAUGAAUACAGAGGGAAUUGGUAAAAUCACAACUGCUGAUAGAUUGAUAUACGAGGUUGCUGAAGAUGAUGGAGCAAUUACAGUCACAAAAGUAGAACCAAAUAAUAUUGUAGUGAAAGUAUCAACUCUAGCAGAGACGGAUCCACGCCAAUUAGCCGCAACAAUUAUAAGUUCAUCAGGAGAAGAAUCUCCCACUCAGAUAGAAUAUCAGGGAAGUGGAGAGUACAAAAUAUCAGGUAGAUACAAUGUGGAAGGAGAUUGGCAAAUGAAGAUAACUGCUGGAGCUGCACACAUCAAAGGAUCUCCAGUGAAUAUCAAGGUGGAAACAGAGGGACUUGUUCAUACCAUUGGGAACAUAUCAGAUUAUAAAGAACAUAAAAAAUUUGAGAAAGUGACAGAUGUAGCAUUAGGUACAGAUGGAUGCAUAUUAGUAUCAAGUAAUAGUGAAGAAAUAUUGAAAUUCCAUCAAUCAGGUUCAUUAAUUGCUUCAGUAAUUUUGAAUUACUCUUUUGUAGACUUUAAUUCAAAAAAAAUACAUACUAAUGUAAUCACAGCGGGAAUGCAUCGUAUGGGUGAUGGUUGCAUGCUAUAUAGUGCAUUCCAAAGAAGAAUUAUAUUUAAGUAUGAUGAUACUAAUCAAUGUAUACUUAACAUUAAUAGUAAAGAUUUGCAAUAUCCAUUUGGUUUGACAGUUGAAGAGAAAUCAAGAGUCCUGUAUGUAGCAGAUUGUGAAGCUCACUGUGUGUAUAAAUUCAAUGUUGAUAAAGGUCGCCUGCUGGGUAAAAUAGGUUCACAAGGUAGUGGAAUAGGUCAAUUAAAGGAACCACAAGAUGUCACUUUAACUAAGGAUGGUCAUGUGAUUGUUGCUGACUUUGGAAAUAACAGAAUACAAAUGUUUGAUGCAAAUGGUAAGUUCAUGAGAGUUUGUAUAGUAGGUUGUGGGGAGGAAGAUGGUAAAGUUAUGUGUCCUCAUUCUGUAACCAUGGAUAUGGAUGACAACUUAAUAGUUUCAAGUAAUCAUAAACUACAAUUAUUUGACAAAAAUGGUGUCUUCAUAAAACGAAUAGAUCAUAAAGAUGAUGGAUUAUAUAUUCCAUUAGGAAUCACAGUAAUCUCCAACAGACCAAGAAGAGUAGCGGUAGCAAAUCAUGGGGAAAAUAAUGUUAAAAUAUUUGAGUAUUAAAUGGCAUAAAAAAUACAAUAAUUAUUAGUUCAUUCAUUUUUAAUCCAUCUUUAUCAUAAUAGUCAUUUUUCACUUUUAAAAAAAAGCAAUUACAAUAGGAAACUAUUACAUAUCAGAAUCGGAAUUAUGAAUAACUUUAUUAUCUCCAAAUGAAGAAAUUAAAUACUUGAUAAAAUUUAAAUAACAACAUAAUGUAAAUAAUUGUUCAUUUAAAAUUGGAGUUUUAUUCAUGCUGGCACUGCAAAUUGUAAGAUUCAAAAAGCAGAUAAUAGAU